AGUGACGGAGGGUGGAAAACCUAUCGCGCAAAAGGAGGAAAACUUUGAAUACGAAACUCGAACCGCAGCUAAAACCAAAAUAUCCGAUACAGGAGGCUAUGAUGGAGGUCGAGAAAGCGAAAGAAAACAUUUAUAUGUUCGUUCCGAACAUUAUCGGUUACGCACGAAUUGUGCUGGCGAUUAUUUCCUUCUACUACAUGCCGACGAACUACGUGAUUGCAAGUUGGUGUUACAUUAUUAGUGUCCUGCUGGACGCUCUCGAUGGACAUGCGGCGCGGCAUUUUAAUCAAUCGACCAAAUUCGGAGCAAUGCUCGAUCAGCUCACCGACCGCUGUGGUACUUGUGGAUUGCUCGUUACGCUGAGUUACUUCUAUCCGAAGUACAUGUUCUGGUUCCAGCUGUCGAUGGCAAUCGAUGUUGCUUGCCAUUGGUUUUAUCUGCACACGACCGUUUUGCAGGGCAAGACCUCCCAUAAGUUCAUUGACAUGUCCGGUAAUCCCAUUAUGCGUGUCUACUACACCAAUCGGGUCGUACUGGGCUUAAUGUGUCUGUUCAACGAACUAUUCUAUUCGUCGCUGUAUUUGCUACAUUUUACGCCGGGUCCACUGAUUUUCGGCAUCUCGUCGUUCAAGCUUUUGGCAAUCGUUUCAUUUCCGGUCGCAGUAGUUAAAACCGGUAUCUCCGUCAUACAUGGCUUCGUAGCGAGUUGCAAUAUCGGAGUAAUCGACGUGGCCGAAAGGGCUGCUCAACGGGAGCGUGAGGCAAAUAAGAAGCCACAGUAAAGCAAUGUGUUUUCAACGCGUAUCCAGAUGUUGAGCGAGUUCUCUGACAAGCUGAAAGAAUUUCCUGGCAGCUAAGAGCAUUAAAAAAUGCUUGCCUCGUUUGACGACUUAAAGACGGUCGGAAGGCUGGUUUCUCCGAUCUUGCGAUCUCCGCUUGGUUUGUCGUAGAAUUCUAACAAUUAUGUGUCCAGCAUCGUGUGUCUCUGUUCGAAUUCCAAACUAUGCCAAAGUGAAUCGUUUUAAGUGUUCCGUCGUUUGUUACCAUAAACAUGUCGUAAUCAAACCUGUUAGCACAGCCGUAACCUUUUACGAUGAUAGCGAAGAAAACUGCACCUGAGCUGCAAGUAACAUACGCACUGUACCAAAUGUAUGGAGAGGUUUACGAAUAGAUGGCAGCUAGCUUAAUGGCACAUUCCGGUUAAAUUUGUAUCAACGACUACAAAUAACUGCACGACUAACUAACUAUUCUUGA